CAGGACAGAGCAAGCGCGGCUGUGACACGCGUGGAGUGUGGCAGCAGGCGUAGCGCUGCUGGUGUUGCAUUGCCCUCAGGAAUGCUGCCCUGACGUUGGUACUUUGCCCACAGCUGCUUAAAAAGCUUUCUUGCCUCUGUACGCAAGGCGGUGACAAAGCCGGUGGCACUGGUGGUUUGGCUGCUUUGAAAUACAGAAGAGUGCUGUGGAGCCCGAAUUCAGGACGUCAGACCCGUGGCCUGCAGCUCUGAAGAGAUCACUUUUGAGUUAAAGAUGGCUGCUGAUACCUCUGUUGAAAUACUUCAAAAAGUUCUGGAGAAUGAAAUACUUCAGACUACCAAGGUUGUGGAAGAACAUCUGGAUGCCGAACUGCAGAAGCUGGACCAAAUGGACGAAGAUGAAUUGGAAUGCCUUAAACAAAGGAGGCUUGAGGCACUAAAAAAGGCUCAGCAGCAGAAACAAGAGUGGCUUUCGAAAGGACAUGGAGAAUACAGAGAAAUCCCAAGUGAGAGAGACUUUUUUCAGGAAGUCAAAGAAAGUAAAAACGUGGUUUGCCAUUUCUAUAGAGAUACAACUUUCAGGUGCCAAAUAAUGGACAAACAUUUGACUGUAUUGGCAAAAAAGCAUAUUGAGACAAAAUUCUUGAAAUUAAAUGCUGAAAAAUCUCCUUUCUUGUGUGAGAGACUGCGCAUCAAAGUAAUUCCCACUCUAGCACUAGUAAAAGAUGGAAAAACACAAGACUAUGUUGUGGGCUUUACUGAUCUCGGUAACACUGAUGACUUCACUACAGAGGCCUUAGAAUGGAGAUUAGGCUGUGCAGAUGUAAUUAAUUACAGUGGAAACUUAAUGGACCCACCUUUUCAAAGUCAAAAGAAAUUUGGAACAAGCUUUACCAAGUUGGAUAAGAAGACCAUCAGAGGAAAGAAAUAUGAUUCAGAUUCUGAUGAUGACUAGAGGAACAGCUAAAUGUAUUUGUAAAUCAUCUUUUGUUUAUGCUUGGUA